ACGUCGUCCUCUGCACCGUUUUCAUUCCUUGAACCUAUAAAUCUCUUUCUCGAUCUUUCUGUUUCUGAGUAAUGGAAGGCGCGUCGCAGCUGGUACGGACUGGAAGGAAGUCAUCGAUAGAAAGUGAGCCGAGAACGCUGAGGUUUCAUCAGAUCCAAUAUGCAAGGGAGGCAGCUGAGUACGUGAUGAAUACAAAGGAUUUAGAAGAAGCAAAGCGCAUUUUCACUCAGGGAUUACAGCCAGUAGUGAGCGUGAUGAAACCAACUGGAGAGGAGAUGACGGAUUCGGUUGACGAAUUUGAGUAUUCAGAAGAUCGAUACCGAUUAUCUGAACUAAGGGAUGUAGUCACAGCGCCAUUUUAGGUAGCUUUGCUAAUCACUUCGGAACCAUAAAAGUUCUUCUCAAUGGAUGUUGAAUAUCUCUCCUUGCAUGAA